AUGGAUCACGCCAGUACCGAUCUGCUGAAACCUCUUCUCACUGAUCCGUGCAUUCAAAUCCAACAGUGUUCGGCCAUCGCUCUCGGAAGAUUGGUCCAUCAUGAGGCUACCAUGGCUGAUCAGCUCAUCGUCCAGAAUUUCCUGCCAAUCUUACUGGGUACUCUCUGCAAUGGAAAUGUGAAAGAAUCCGCCGCCUGGGGCAUUGGCUACAUAGCCAGACACUCCAAGGCUCUAGCCCAAGUCUGCGUGGACGCUGGAGCUGUUCCUUUACUUCUCCUCUGCCUGCAAGAGCCUGAGUUGUCCUUGAAACAGAUCGCCACCAGCGCCAUCUCUGAUAUCGCGAAGCACAGCAUGGAGCUGGCUCAGAACGUCGUCGAUGCUGACACAAAGAAUGACACAAAGAAAGAGACAAAGAAAGACACAAAGAAAGACACAAAGAAAGACACAAAGAAAUACACAAAGAAAGACACAAAGAAAGACACAAAGAAAGACUCAAAGGAAGACACAAAGAAUGACACGAAGAAAUACACAAAGAAAGACACAAAGAAAGACACAAAGAAAGACACAAAGAAAGACACAAAGAAAGACACAAAGAAAGGCACAAAGAAAGACACAAAGAAAGACACAAAGAAAGACACAAAAAUACACAAAGAAAGACACAGAGAAAGACACAAAGAAAGACACAAAGAAAGACACAAAGAAAGACACAAAGAAAGACACAAAGAAAGACACAAAGAAAGACACAAAGAAAGACACAAAGAAAGACACAAAGAAAGACACAAAGAAAGACACAAAGAAAGACGCAAAGGAAGACGGAAAGAAAGAUACAAAGAAAGACACAAAGCAAGACACAAAGUAAGACACAAAGAAAGACACACAGAAAGGCACGAAGAAAACAAAAAAGAAAUACACAAAAAAGACACAAAGAAGGACAAAGAUACAAAGGAAGACGAAAAAAUAGAUACGAAGAAAGACACGAAGGAAGACACAAAGAAAUACACAAAGAAAGAUACAAAGAAUGACACAAAGAGGGACAAGGAGAAAUACACGAAGAAAGACACGAAGAGAGGCACGAAGAAAGAACAACGAAAUACACGAAAAAAGACACAAAGAAAGACACAAAGAGAGACACGGAGAAAUACACGAAGAAAGUCACGAAGAGAGGCACGAAGAAAGACACGAAGAGAUACACGAAGAAAGACACGAAGAAAUACACGAAGAAAGACACAAGGAAGGAUACAAAGAAAGACACGAACAAAGACAUGCACAAACAAAGACACAAACAAAGGCACAAAGAGAGGCAGAAAGGAAGACAUAAAGGAAGACACAAAGAAAUACACCAUGAGAGACACAAAGAAAGACCCAAAGAAAGACACAAAGAGAGACACAAAGAAAUACAAAAAAAGGCACAAACAGAGACACCAAGGAAGACACAAGGGAAGACACAAAGAAAUACAUGAAGAAAUACACAAAAAGAGACACACAGAAAGGCACAAAGGAAGAAUCAAAGAAAGACACAAAGGAAGACACGAAGAAAGACACAAAGAGAGACACGAAGAAAGACACGAAGGAAGACACGAAGAAAGGCAUAAAGAGAUUCACAAAGAUAGACACAAAGAAAGGCACGAAAAAAGACUCAAAGAAAGACACAAAGGAAGACACGAAGGAAGACACGAAGACAAACACAAAGAAAGACACAAAGAAAGACACAAAGAAAGACACAAAGAAAGACACAAAGAGAGACACAAAGAAAGACACAAAGAAAGACACAAAGAAAGACACAAAGAAAGACACAAAGAAAGACACAAAGAAAGACACAAAGAAAGACACAAAGAAAGACACAAAAAAAGACACAAAGAAAGACACAAAGAAAGACACAAAGAAAGACACGAAGAAAGACACGAAGAAAGACACAAAGAAAGACACAAAGAAAGACACAAAGAAAGACACGAAGAAAGACACAAAGAAAGACACAAAGAAAGACACAAAGAAAGACACAAAGAAAGACACAAAGAAAGACACAAAGAAAGACACAAAGAAAGACACAAAGAAAGACACAAAGAAAGACACAAAGAAAGACACAAAGAAAGACACAAAGAAAGACACAAAGAAAGACACAAAGAAAGACACAAAGAAAGACACAAAGAAAGACACAAAGAAAGACACAAAGAAAGACACAAAGAAAGACACAAAGAAAGACACAAAGAAAGACACAAAGAAAGACACAAAGAAAGACACAAAGAAAGACACAAAGAAAGACACAAAGAAAGACACAAAGAAAGACACAAAGAAAGACACAAAGAAAGACACAAAGAAAGACACAAAGAAAGACACAAAGAAAGACACAAAGAAAGACACAAAGAAAGACACAAAGAAAGACACAAAGAAAGACACAAAGAAAGACACAAAGAAAGACACAAAGAAAGACACAAAGAAAGACACAAAGAAAGACACAAAGAAAGACACAAAGAAAGACACAAAGAAAGACACAAAGAAAGACACAAGGAAAGACACAAAGAAAGACACAAAGGAAGACACAAAGAAAGAUACAAAUAA